AUGACAUCGACUUCUGCAUCUACCUGUGGGGAUAAACCCCAGAGUGAGCUAGCCAAUUCUAUUCAAAGACUCGAACCUUGUCCCUCAAAUUCUGCUAAACGCAAACCACAACGCCUAUGUUUAUCCAUCGUUAACUGGUUUCCUUUCUUUUCUUCUCCCUUUGCUUUUAGUACGGCCAAUUCGGUGUUAUCUAUGCCUGUAACUAAUGGUCAGCCUACAAAUGCUUUUGAAGAAGUUGCGCCACCCCCAUCUACUUCAGCCACAUCUUCACUGCGAAUGAAAAGGCAGCCUUAUGAUGUUUUUAUUAAUCAUCGUGGAAUCGAUGUAAAACAAACGUUCGCCACCGUUCUCUAUGAUAGCCUGAAUGCCAUGGGAUUGAGGGUGUUUCUUGAUUCACGAGAGCUCAAAUUGGGAGACUUCUUGCCCUUAGAAAUAGAAGCAGCAAUGCGCAGUGCUUCGCUUCAUAUAAUUAUAUUUUCUCAGAAUUAUGCACAAUCCCCAUGGUGUUUGGCAGAGCUUUCAUAUAUGCUCAAAACUCGCACCAAAAUAGUUCCUGUCUUCUACCAUGUUCAGCCUGAUGAUGUCCGAUAUGGAAAAGGAGCCUAUGCUGAUGCAUUUUCCAGGCAUGAAAAUAUGGGAAGAUACACCAGAAAAAAGCUUCAGGAAUGGAAAGCUGCGCUCCACAAUGCUUCAUAUAUUCGGGGUCACAUCAUUAAUAGCGAGGAGUGA